CCUCGUUUAGCAAACACCUCGAAACUGCUCUCUCCGGCCGCACGUCGUCUACUCAGCUCAAGCACUGCUUCUCUUAGUCGCCCCUCCACUCUUUCGCGAACUGGUGAUACAUCUCGUCCUGGAACAGGCAGUUUGGCUGUUAGCCUAACCCCUAGUCACCUCCUUUUUUCUUCAUCACCUCUCGUCAGAUCAGCCUUGCUGCCCCAUCCAGUCAUCCGGCCUCAAGUUGCAAGCUGCUUGGCCGAUCAAUCUUCAUCUAGCAUAGAUGACUGUGCUGACCCACUGGAGCGAUUUAAGCCAGAUUCUACUACUAAAACUGGAGCAUCCGUGUCUGCUGAUUCAAGCGAAGAGAAUGGGGCUUCAAAUAACGUUGUGUUGUUGCCUGGACUCGAAUUUAAAGAAGCCAAACCUAAUGAGGGCCUAUCUUUGACAGACAACUUGCUAAACCUAAAGCGAUUGGACUAG